UCUCCUCUCUGUGGUUUUGAAUGCAGAGAGCGGGGUAUUUAUGGGUUUUACACCAGAGUCACGAACUACAUAAACUGGAUCAACAUGACUAUGCUGCAUUUACUAUAUUUCAUCACUAAGUUAAUAAAACCAGGUGUGCUGAACAAAACCAGUACCCCAUCAAUAUUGCCAAAUAAUAACUUGGCUCAUAAAGAUCUUCCUCUUAAGUGAUGAAGGUGAUUCAGUUUUAAAGCAACUUUUGCAUUUGAGUAAGAAAGACAGUAUCCCCUAAUCAAGAGCAGGUACAUAAUAGGUUAAUUAUUCUUUGCUGAGAACAAUAAAGCACAAUCGAAAAACAAACAAAGAGCCAGCUGUUAAAAAUAGUAGUCUAGCAUUAGUAUCAUAGGUUGUCACACAAUUCAGUGAAUAGAAAAAACUUGUAAAUUUGUGGUGAAUAUUAGCAAACGGUGUAUUUACACAUCCAGCUGAAAUGGUGUAACAUUAUCAUUCAGUUGGAGACGUGUUUGUGUCCACAUGAUGAAUAGAAGUCCAAUAUUUACUCUUUUUCUAACUCUGGUUUGGUCUCCAGCAAAUCCUGAGAUAAAUAUCUCUGUAUCAUACCAUUCUUUUAAAUAUGUCUUAUUGGUCACACAUUCAUGCAUAUAUUUAAUUACAAAUUGUGUAUAUAUACAAAUGUCAGUCUUCUUUUUGCAACAUUUAUAGCUUAAAACUUAAAAACGAUCGUACCAGAGCCCUUACCGAGUGGUGAUGGUGAGGGUUGGUGCUCGUUUCUCUCUGCUGCUCUCUCAUUGGUCGAUCGUGUCUGCUGACUUUCGCUUUCUCUCUUCCACUGCUGCGUUACGCUCAUGAUCCCGACAGAGAGAGAGAGAGAGUUCCUGAUGUCGUCUACCUCAUAGUUUACUGUUGGAUUAUUUGAUAUCAGCCUGAUUGCCCUUUGUGCGUGUUAGAUGUGAUGAAGAAAAGGCAGUAAAUGAACAGACUGUAGAGAUGCAAUGGGCUGCUGUUAGUUGUUGAAUUCAAAAGUGAAAGUGCGGUGUUGCGUUUGUGUGUUCAGCAUUUGUUUCACUUUGCUUUGUUGUUGUAGCCUUCUAACGUUAAUCUUUGCCUAUAGCACUCUUAAUUCAUUAAAACGCAGAAACGAGACCCCGUGAUGAUGAUUGUCGUGGUUUUGUUUGGAUACUUCCUGACGUGCGUUUGUGGUGACGGGGUUGCAGAUUUGGUACUUUCCUGCACCCUGGUGGAGGAGGGAGUCGGACAUGAAGGAAUGGGAGGUGGCUCACUCUUCACACGGACUCCUGCCACUCUUAUCUUAAGAGACGUUCCAGUGACUUCUGACGAAUCACUUGAAACACUCACUCCGUUUGUCCCGCCUUCAAUCCCUGACCCAGAGGCCAUCCUGUUAGAAGUUGAAGUGUCAUCACCUGAGAUCCCCAAUGCACACGUGUUGCUCCAUGCGGACUGCAAUGAGCAGGAGGUGAUGUGCGAAAUGAGCCGUUACUCUCCUCGUGGAUCCCAGGAAAGUUCAGGAUCAGCUUAUUUUAUGGUGUCUAUUAUUGUGGAGGGAGUUGAGUUCAGCACUGCGUUGAUUCUGCAGACUUUGGAGGUCAAGAAGGACCAGACGACCCUCAUACAAAACAAACUGGGUCUUCCUCUUAGCCGGUCUGGAACUCUUUUGACUGAAGUGAUAUUCCUGGUCUAUUCCUAUGUAAAGUCUGUGUCUGCCCCUCUGAGAGGCGAUGUUAUCCUCAACUGUGGCUUCAAGCAACAGGAGAUACCUUUAGCGCAGGAAGUGGCCGUUGAAUGGCGACUGCAACACAGGGGAAACGGGUGGAAAGUGCUUGAUAUGGUGACGAGGCUGGAUGACGUAGAAGGGAGCACAGUGGUGAAUGCAGAAAGGAAGGGAUCAAGCAUGAAUGCCUCCCAGGUUGUUGGAGAGGGUAACGCGUCUGUGACUCUGACCAAGCUGAAGGUUUUGGACGAGGGGACCUACAUCUGUACCGUCAGUAUUGGCCUUUUCUACGCCCAGCAGGUCAUUCAGCUGCAGGUUAUUCAACCACCUCAUGUUUCACUGUCAAAGGAGAAAUUGGUUUUGAAUACAAAGUCCCCCCAGACGCUGAGCUGCCACUGCGCUAAUUACUAUCCCCUGGAUGCUCAGAUGGAGUGGUUGUCCCUCUCUCCUACAGACACAGAGCCCACAGUGCUUCCAGAUCAGGGCUCUCUGUCCAGCCAUCGACAGCAUGGUGACAGGACUUAUUCCCUGUCAUCUCAUCUCUCUGUGCCCUCCACUGUCUCCCCUGGGACUGAAAUCAUCUGCAGGGUGUCUCACCCAGCCAUGGACGCUCCUCUCUCUCUCAGUCUGGUGGUAGAAAGUCCAGAACCAGGUUCCUACUGGUGGGUUCUGGGGUUCCUGGUUGUCACUUUGAUUUUCUUCUACCAGGUCAUGAGAUAAAUUAGUAGGAUAUAUUGUAGGAGAUAAUCCUGACUUAAACCUGAGCCCAGAGUGACUUUUUGUGUCAUUUGUGAGUCUGUAAGUUAUUACGGUUUUCAUUAGAAGCCACCACUGGUAUUUAAACUCUUGUAGGCUUCUACGAAAAAAAUUAAAAUGUAAUUUGUUUGCUUUAUAAAUCUGCUGUUGAGUAUUGUUGGAGGUGGUUUACUCAUGUAGAGUUGCAGUAAGAAAACUUGGAGGUUGCGUUUUUGUUGCUUGUGUGGAAACCCAGGGGGUGUUGAGACGAGAUUCAAAAUAAAACGGGAGACUCAGAGGCAGUUUAUGUGAAAUAAAGUGCCCUUUAAUAAAGAGGUUGGGGUGAUGCGGUCAAACUUGAACUAAAGAUUCUUCCCGUUGUGGGUCUUUGGCCUUCAGCCUUCUCGCAGUUCCACUGUCCUGUGUGGGUGGAGCAGAGAGAGAGAGAGAGAUGAGUAUAUUUGAUAACCUCCUGUUCGGCGCCUUCCUGUCUGUCGAUGCUGCUUAGAAGCUGGGUGAACAUAUGCCUGCUCUGAUUACCUGACGGGCUGCAGGUUUAACCAAUGCCAUGUACCCAGUGGCUGCAGCACCUGAACCGGAUCGAUCACACACUCUAUCACCUCCCCCAACCUGAGCUUUGGGAUCUGCCCCCUGUGCUGUAUCUGCUUGGCUUUUCUCCUGGUUUUCCACACCUGCAAGAUAUCGUAAAUCCAAAUCUAUACUUUCCAGCAAAACACUGUUUUUUGUUGCACAUGAAUAACUCAAGGAGGUUUUGAUGUUAAGAGGUAAUACUUUCUUUUUUGGAAAGUCUUUUUCUUUUGCACCGUUUUCAUGUUGUACUUUUUUUUAACGUAGCCUGUGUUUUUAUGGCUUGUUUCUUUGGGAUAUUGUUAUGCAUUAUGUAUUUUACUUUUCACAAUGAAGGAUUUUAUGACUGCAACAUUGUUUAAGGAAUUUGAUAUUAUCAAUAUCAGCACAUUUCUUGUAUAACAUCUAGAAACCGAUCAAAUCGCUCUUGUAGAUAAAUCAAGAAUCUGUAUAUUUUAAUAAGAAAGCUGAAAUCACUUGAAAUCGAGUAGAUUGCAAAAUUACAUUUUCUAAAACUUAUAAGUUGGCUCAAAAUGUCAAGAGAACAUCACAAGGGUUCUGUUGAUGAUAUAUUUAUUGGCAUCAGCAAAAGUGUUAAGCAUGCAUUUGUUUUUCGCAAAUCCAGUUGCUUCAUCUCACUGCAUUUUCAGGUUGUAAAUCACAAAACAUGUUCUCAUAUCAUGUGGUAAUUACCUAAUAAUAUUGUUACACAAUAUCAUCAGAUAAUUAAAACUAACUGCUACAAUUAUGCAUCUUUAUUUUAUCAACUCUCAAAAUCAAUCCGAAGAAGGGAAAACUAGCUUUUCUUUUAUAUCCAACAACCCCCCAAAAACCUGAAAGAAUUAAUAAACACAUUUUCAGGAGCAUAAUCCGACAUAUGUGCACUAUUAUUCUAUCCACACAAUACUACAUGUUUUAACAGUUAACUAUAGUAGCAGUUGUUUGCAGUCUCUGCAUAUUAAUAAAUGAAUCAAAUUUAGCAAACUCUUGAGCAUCAUUGCAUUGCAUAAGCAGUAAUUAUCAGAUCAGAAAGACAUUAUACACAGGUCAUUGAAACCACUAACAAAAGAAAAAUGUACAAUCGGCAGUUAGAUUUAGAAAUGGCAGAUACACAGGUCACACAAAUAGGCAAAACUAUGGACACGGUUUGCCAUGCAAGUAAGAAACAAACUCAUUUAGCAUUUUCUGCAGGUG